UUCUUUGUUUUUGUUUUGUUUUUUGUUUGGUACACCAGUCCAAGAUUCUUCUUUCUUUCUUUUUUUGGUUCACCAGCCCAACACUCCUCACAUAGCCAUAGCUGUAUUUACUAAAGAAGAAAAGGAAGAAAAAGAAAUAACUCAUCAAGAAAUGACUCGUCCUCCGCCGCUGUUACUCGCCUCUCUGUCCUCUAUUCUCCUGGUGGUGUUGGUUCUUCCGUCAACCGUUAUAUUCAAAACAACACCGCAACUCGUCCAAUUCUUCACCGUCCAACAACCACCACCGGAAAGAACACCACCCAAUCCGGUGCCAGCCGGAGCACGUCCACCACCGAAGAAGACGGCCGGAAACACAACCAUCCAACAACCACCAGCGGAAAGAACACCACCCAAUCCGGUGCCGGGAGCACGUCCACCACCACCAAAGAAGAUGGCCGGGAACCCAAGCAGUGACGCCCGACAAGGUUCCGAAAAACCAGGCCCGUAUCAUGAUUGGGAACACUUCAACGCCGAUUACAACGAGAUGAUGCGAAACUUGAAGAUUUACGUAUACCCAGACGUGCACCAGAACAGCUCCCCGUUUUCCAACAUUUUCCUCCCUCGCACGAACUUGAAAAAACUGGGGAAUUACUACAGCGAGCACGCGUUCAAGACCGCGCUCCUCUCGAGCACCCUACUGACGUCUCGGCCGGAAGAGGCCCACUUCUUCUACAUGCCGUUCUCCAUCAACUUGAUGCGCUACGACGGCCGGCUGCACUCGGUAGAGUCCAUCAACGAAUUCGUGGGCCGGUACACGGACAGGAUCAGCUCGGAAUUCGCGUUCUGGAACGCCUCGGGAGGCACCGACCACUUGUACGUGUACUGUCAUUCCGUCGGCCGGGACGCGGCCUCGAGCCAUGGGGGCCUGCUCAACAAUGCGAUUCAGGUUACUUGCUCCUCUAGUUACUCUCAGAAGCUUUAUGUUUCCCACAAGGAUGUGGCUCUGCCGCAGGUUUGGCCUCGCCCUGAUCCUGAUGACCGAGUCUUGAAUACUCCGGAUGCGAGGGACAUACUUGUUUUCUUUGCAGGGCGCAAGCAAAAUGCCCGUGUUCGUGAAAAAUUAAUCGCUUUAUGGGGAAAUGAAACCUCCAUGGCCAUCUAUUCCAAUAAUCGAUCUCUCCCAUACGAAGAGGGAUUUCGAAGGAGCAGAUACUGCCUAAGCGUGAAAGGCUAUGAGGUGAAUACGGCAAGGGUCAGCGACGCUAUACAUUUUGGUUGCAUUCCUGUCAUAAUUUCCGACUAUUAUGACCUUCCAUUAAAUAAUGUACUGGACUGGAGCAAGUUCUCCGUCAUCAUCAACGAACAGGACGUUGAGUUUUUGAAGGAAAUAUUGUUGUCCAUAUCCGAAGAAACUUACCUCGCCAUGUACAACAACCUGUAUCUGGUGAGGAGACACUUCGCAUGGCACACGCCACCCGAAAAUUUCGAUUCUUUUUACAUGACUGCCUACCAAUUAUGGUUGCGAAGAGGAUUGCACCGGCUAUCUUAUUAGCCUUCCAUGCUUGCGAUGAGUCGAUGACCGACAACUGAUAUUCGGGUUGGAUGAUCUGUCCAGUGGAGACACUCGGCGCACGCGUUUGGGGAAAAGAAGUUAUUGAUCAGAGCCAUUGUAUGAAGCAGGUAUAAAAUCAAGGCAAA